AUGUCGGCGUACAGAUCAUAUCACCAUUCAAUAGGGCAAACAGCUUUUGUAGAUCAUAAAAGAUCUCCAAGAAUAGUUCCACUCCGUGGAGAGAAUCGUGAGAUUAGAUACCAGAAAAUGGAACAAUGGAUGGCUAAACAUUAUCCACAUAAUCAAACCAUACAAACUGCUAAAAUAAAAGAGAACAAUCGAUUUUAUACUCGAAGAACUUUUCGUACAGUUGAUGGACGAAUAGAAGUUGUUUUCUUCGAUAUAACAGAAGAUACACGGCGUGAAAUGCAUACUUAUACAAGAAUGUUUCCAGGAGGAACUAUGAUACAUGUUUGGCCACGACAAGGAUCAGUACCAACAAGAAUCGAAUAUUUUAAAUAA